CGCCCAAGGCGUGCAUGUGUUGUUGAACGUAUCUUGUGUUAUUUUGGUGUUUCUGACUCAAAACUAACGUCCAACAUGGGGAAAGUGAAACGACAACGAUCUAAACUCCACAACACGCCCAUUAAACCAAAGAAAGAGGAGAAGACUAGCUUAGUCGACAAAACUAAAGCAAAUGUGACGAAUGGUUCCUCUAAAGCUGCAGUCGAGCCCAAGGAUGUUUCUUUGUCUGACAACAUUUUCAGCUCUCUGAAGAUAGACAACAAAGCUCUUGCUCAGAAACUGCCAGACUUCGACACUCGCAGUACAGUGACCAGCAAAACGUUCAAAGGAUUGAAUCUCAAGAAAAAGGACAAGAGGAAAAUCAGACAUGAAGUUUUCAUGCAGAAAAUUGAUGCAGUGAAGGCAGCCAAACAGAAGGCCAAGGACAAGAAGAAGCGAGAGAAGACCCCUAUUGUUGGAGACAUGUCAGUGAUGGAGGAAGCGCUCCCCACGCUGGAGUUGCUGAUGAAGGAAGGCAGCAAGUCCCAGAGGCAAUCCAACCCUGAGAAGGUGAGAGGCGUGGCCAAGGAGAGGAAGAGGAGGAAGCAAAUGUUGUCCGAUAUGGCCAUCUUCAAGCAAGUCCUGGCGCACCCUGCCUUCAUCGAGAACCCAACAGCCACCAUUGCCGAGCAUCUGCAGAACAAACUGAAGCAGGAGGAGGACGAGGAGAUGGAUACGUGAUCCGUGGGGGAUGGGGUUUGUUGGGGAGGGGGUUACUUGUGGGAUGG